AUGUUUACCAGGCCACAGUCACUACUAGGGGAGCCACCAGCGAUGACUGAAAGGUUAUCAGCAACAUCUACGAAACCUAGAGAACAUGGGGCUAUACCAAAACGCCAGUAUUCUCAUAGUCGAGGUCGAGCCAAAGGACCACCCAGUCAAGCUACAACAAGGGUCCAAAAUGUAUCACAAGUGACAACCACCAAAGGGAGCAAUCAACAACAAGGAAAUGGUGGUAACCAUCAAGGUGUAAAUGGUAGAAACAAUAGUACAAACACAAAGAACCAUUUGCAAAAACAUCAUCCAAGGAAAAACAAGCUAACCUAUCAAACACUUGAAAUGCUGCUUUUAAAGGACCCGAAGGACAUUGUGUUGAAACUAUGUGAAAACACAGAUCGACUUUGCAGCAUGAUGAGCGAUAUUGGAAUGUCUAAACAACAAUUUCUUCUACUUUUACAAAUUUUUGGAAAAGUAUUCUCCUGUACUUCAGUCCCACAUAAUACGAUUCACCUCCUGAACACGAUAAUUACAUCAGAGUUUUUCACAAAUUGCAUAUUACGUGAACUCAGUUCGAUAUACACGAAUGUUAGACAAGGGUCCUUAGACAACAGAUCCGAAGCUUGUAUCAGACAUAUCUUAAUGCUGUUGAGAGCAAUUCUACGAGUUAUGCCAACUAGAUUUUUGGAGAUUUGUCCUACCAUUGAUUUGCUCAAUGCAAUUGCACAUUCUGCAAAUGAAAUUGGUCUGGAUAUGGACACUAAUAUAACGCAUGAAGUUCAGGAACUGCAGGAAAACAGAACACAAUUGAUGGAAGAUAAACGAACAGGCCAAGCAGCAACUACAUACCAUCGACCAGAUGACCAUCGACAUACCCGACAAUCAAAGAGACCACCAGAGAAUUUUAGAUGUAUUCCUGCUUUUCCUACGACUGCUGAUAUUGUAAUGAACAACAAGCCAUUUUUGCGACCAAACAUAGCAGUUGGGGCAUUCAAAGAUGCAGAACAUUACUUGGAUGUACAGUUUCGUUUACUGCGAGAAGAUUUCAUAGCUCCCUUGAGAGAAGGAAUUCAAGAUUACCUUUAUCAGCGAACACUUCCACCAAAACAACGCAGCAGACUAAGUGAUGUUCGAGUGUAUGAAGAGGUAUUUAUAUUAGGUCCAAUCUGUCAGAAUCUUGAUGGAGUAUGUCAUACAGUUCAGUUUCACAAUGGGUGCCUCAAACGAAUUAAAUGGCAGAGUAGCAAGCGCCUAAUUUAUGGAUCAUUGGUAUGUCUUUCUAAAGACAACUUUAAUACAGUCAUAUUUGCCACAGUUGCAAAUAGGGACCCUGAAGAACUUGAAAAGGGAUUUCUGGAUCUGAAAUUUCAGUCACUCGAUGAUAUUUUAAUGGAGCUUCCCGGUCAGCGCUAUCAAAUGGUGGAGUCAAAUGCCUUUUUUGAGGCAUAUAGACAUGUACUUGAAGGUCUUCAAGAGUUAGACGAAAAUUCUUUGCCAUUCUGUAAACAUCUUGUUCACUGUGAGAAGGAAGUUGAAGUACCACAAUACCUUAGAAAUGGGUAUAUAGCCUAUGAUUUUACACAGUGUAUAGGAAAUAAUGAACAUAUCAAGACUGCAGAUGGCUAUGAGAAUAUUCAUAUGUUGAUGAGUCAUGCGCUGUCAUUUCAACAAAGAAAACGUGUAUCAGUGUUGAAUACAAAUGCAUGGCCAACAUCAGAAGCUUUACAUCUUGAUGAAUCUCAGCUGAAAGCAUUGAAAACUGCCCUUACUAAAGAACUGGCAAUAAUUCAAGGGCCGCCUGGUACUGGAAAAACAUACAUUGGAUUACUAAUUGUAAAACUGUUACUCAGCAACAGAGAUGCAUGGUCGAACAUGGAUGAUGAACAUGAUGAUGAACAUGAUGAUGAACAUGAUGAUGAACAUGAUGACCUGUUAGAGAAUGAGUCAACUGCAUCGCCAAUACUUAUCGUCUGUUAUACAAAUCAUGCCCUUGAUCAGUUCUUAGAAGGUAUCGCAAUGUACUUAAAUGAGGGAAUUGUUAGAGUUGGUAGCAGAAGUAAAAGUGAACUACUCGAAAAAUUCAUGAUCUCCAAAUUACGACCAAGGGGAACUGGUAGGCAUCUCUAUGAUGAAUUAAAUACAUGUAAAGAACAAAUUGAAUCAUGGAGUGAAAAACUAAUAUUUGAUCAAACCAACAUGGUCUAUUUUGAAAAUUUGUGCUUUCCAAAUCAGCAUCUGCACAGUUUUCGACAAGGACAGUCACUAAAACAAUGUACAGAUGAUCAAUCUAUUCUGAACUUUUGGUUAAUUGAGAAAAUCUUUCAAAUUCCGCAGGUCUCUACAGACACUGAUCUCAGUGAUGCUAAUGACAUCUCUGAAAAUAAAUCAGACAUAACAAAGGAAUCUAAAACUCAUGAUGAAACAAUUGAUUCUAAUACAAACACAAAAGCAACAAGUCAGUCUGCUAAUGAAGAACCUACAAUUAAAAUUACGUAUGAAGUGGAAUAUUUGAAUGAGCAACGACUUCCAGAACAUGUUUGGGAGCAAAAAAAAAAUAAGAAGCAGACUAAGAUAGGUGGUAUUCAAUCACUUCAUGAACUUUUGAAAGUAAUACAAGAUAUCAAUACAAACUCUAGUCCAGAGUUCCAAGUAGACAAGAAAAGUCAAACAAAGCAAAAUCAGAAGCAGAAACACCUACUAAAUACUCUUAUAAAUGAUACUACACCCAUGGAUGAAGACCAUGCUUUGAACAUAGAAGAUGUAUGGUCCUUAGAUUUGAAUGAUCGAUGGCAAUUAUGUCGGUAUUGGUAUAAUACAUGGUAUAAAAGUAACUCAUGUCGAAUAAAUCCAUUGAUACAAAAGUUUGAAGAACUGAGUCUUAGACUAAAGGAACUCCGCCAAGAAGAAGAUUUAAAAAUUCUUAAUAAUGCACAGGUAAUUGGAAUGACAACAACAGGAGCUUCAAAGUAUCGAGCACUUCUACAGCAUGUAUGUCCCAAAAUAGUAAUUGUUGAGGAAGCCGCUGAAGUUCUUGAGUCUCACAUAAUAACAACUCUUUCACCUGGAUGUCAGCACUUAAUUCUUAUUGGUGACCAUCAACAGCUACGACCGAACCCUACAGUGUACAAAUUAGCGAAGGAUUAUAAUUUGGAAAUUUCUCUGUUUGAGCGUUUGGUUAGAAAUGAUUUACAUCAUGAACAACUAUCCCUUCAGCAUCGGAUGAGACCAGAAAUUGCAGAAUUGAUGAAACACAUUUAUACCAAUUUAUCAAAUCACGAUUCAGUCAAAUAUUACGAAGACAUCCAAGGUGUUAACAAGAAUAUAUUCUUCAUAAAACAUGACAAAGAAGAGGAAUUCAUGGAAGAAACACGAAGUCGUUCAAAUAGUCAUGAAGCUGAAUUCAUUGUCGCUCUGUGUCGUUACCUCCUACAACAAGGAUAUAAUCCUCCCCAGAUAACCAUACUCACUAUGUAUACAGCUCAGUUGUUUGAGUUCAAGAAGCUUAUGAAACAGCGAGAUUUCUUUGGUGUACGUGUGUGUCCUGUUGACAACUUCCAAGGCGAAGAGAAUGACAUCAUUCUGCUAUCAUUAGUUCGUAGCAAUUUAGCUGGCAAUAUUGGCUUUUUGAGUAUUGCAAACAGAGUUUGUGUAGCCCUUAGUAGGGCACGCAAAGGUUUCUUCUGUAUUGGUAAUUUCAAGCUACUCGCAGAGAAAAAUAAAUUAUGGAAGCAAAUAACUUUGGACUUGGAAACAAAUAGCAACAUUGGUACAUCACUUCAACUGCACUGCCGAAAUCAUCCCACCUCAAAGAUUAAUGCUACUUGUGCAAUAGACUUUAAAGCCGCGCCUGAAGGAGGAUGCAAACUACAAUGCAAUAAGCGUAUGGACUGUGGACAUAUUUGCAAACGGUUUUGUCACCCAAAAGAUCCUGAACACAAGGAAGUUACAUGUAGGGCGCCUUGCCUUUCAAGGUGUCCUAACGACCAUGCUUGUCCACUUAGAUGUUAUGAAAAAUGUUCAAAUUGCAUUGUAAAAGUGGAAAAGCUGAUUCCCGAUUGCCAACAUACACAACUUGUGCCUUGCUAUCUUGAUCCAAACAAAUUCAAGUGCAAGGUUCCAUGCGAUAGGCUUCUGCCUUGUGGCCACAUGCGCACUUUGGACUGUUAUAUUGAUGUUGCAACAUUCAAAUGUCUCGAACAAUGCACAAAAAUGUGUCCAGAGAAGCACCAAUGUCCACUUAAAUGCUUCGAAAAAUGUGGAGACUGUACAAAACUUGUAAACAAAACUAUUCCUCAGUGUGAACAUGUUCAGCUCGUCGCCUGUUAUUUGGAUGCUGGGCUGUUUAAAUGCAAGGAGCUAUGUGAUAGGAUUUUACCUUGUUACCAUAAGUGCACUUUGGUUUGUCAUAUUGAUGCCAAACAAUUCAAAUGCCAAGAAAAAUGUGACAAGCAGCUCGUCUGUGGCCACAGGUGCACUUUGAAAUGUUCGGAUUUGUGCCAAGAAAACUGUAAUAUGUUAGUGGAAAAGAUUGUGCCAUCGUGUGGUCAUACUCAAAAAAUGAAAUGCUAUGAGAACCCCCGUGAUAUUAAAUGUAAGAAUCCUUGCAAACAAUGUCUACCAUGUGGACACAAAUGCCCAGAGAUAUGCUCCGUGAAGUGUCCUAGCAAAUGCAAUGUCAACAUACUACAUGACUGGCCAUGUUCUCAUGUUAAAAAACGUCCAUGUUGGCAGACAUACUGUUAUGAAAAAUGCCUAGACGUACUUCAUUGUAGUCAUGAGUGCCAAGGAACAUGUGGAGAAUGUAUCCAGAAUGGAUUGCAUGCGGAUUGCAGGCUGCCAUGUACAAAGAAGCUGUCUUGUGGUCACAUGUGUCAACGGCAAUGUUAUGAAUUGUGCAACAAAACAUGCCUACAAACUGUCAAAAAAACACUAAAGUGUGGACAUAGUACCCAAACUGAAUGCUACGACAAUGAAAACAUUUGUCCACAUGUAUGUGGUGAGAUUUUGGUAUGCGGACAUAAAUGUACUGAUUUUUGUGGUAUAUGUAAAGCUGUAGGAAGCCACAACACAUGUAGUAGUCAGUGUGGAACAGAGUUGAUAUGUGGGCACAUCUUUAUUGGACCGUGCUAUGGAGCAGCAAAGACAUGUUCUACAAACCAUACAUAUACAUGCGAACACAACACAAGAAACAGAGCGUGUAUGAAGCCUUGUGCAUGGGCGUGUAAACAUUACCAGUGCAGAAGAAAAUGCCAUGAACGUUGUGACAGGCCACCAUGUGACCAUCCUUGUAAACGACUUUUGAGAUGUGGACAUGUUUGUGUUGGUAUGUGUGGUGAAAUAUGUCCGAUCAUUUGUCGAGUGUGCAACAAAUUAGAAUUACAGCAUGCAGCCGAGUUUUUUGGUAAAGUAGACAGAGAAGAUUGUUCUUAUAUUCAACUGCACUGUGGACAUGUGUUUGAGGUAACUGACUUAGAUCGAUGGAUGCUGGGAAUAUCAUCAAAUGGACUUACCCCUGUAGGACUAAAAACAUGUCCUAAAUGUAACAAACCAAUCAUCAAUAAACGAUACAAUAAUACUAUCAAAGAUAACAUUGCCGACUUAGAUAAAGUGAAGGCGACUAUGGGGAGUAGCCAUUUCUUGGAAUCUGCUAUUGAGCAAGUUAAUCGAACUCUGGAUUCCAUAAUAUCGUCCGAGCACCAAGAGGAGGUGCGUGAUAAACUUUAUUGUGCUAAAGAUUUAAAUCAGGUUGCAUCAAUUGAUAGUAAAAUAAUGUACUACAGACGCCUCGCUAUUGCAAGGUUGUACGUUAUGCUGGUGUUAACAGAGAUAAGAAACGGUGAAGGUGAAGCAGAAUCUCCCACAAAAGGUUGGUCACUUGAUGACGUGAAUGGAAGAGCAGAAACUCUACUCUCUGAAAUAAAGUCUACUAUGACGUCAAUCGCUGAACGAGGAAUAGAGAGUACUGUCCUCGACCUGAUAACGCAAAGCUGCACAUUAUACAUAAUACUGAAAUUAUAUAGGCGACGUUUACCCAAGUCAAAUAAGGAAUUAAUCUUAACCAAAUACAUUGAUUUUAGAGAUUUGAAGUUUAAGUUACCGAAGCAUGCAAGUGACGCGCUGAAGCACGAUUAUCCAGAAAUUCUACGAACUGUGAACAUUCCUUCGAAGCUUGUAAAAAUUGACCCCUGUAAAUACAAUUCACUGGCUAUGGGCGAAUGGUACAAAUGUUCCCAAGGUCAUAUGACUCAAUCUCGGAUGUAG